AUGAGCCAGAUCGCACUGUGCGCCAUCUUUGCCACGUUCGGCCUCCUAUUGCCCCUUACAAGCCCUUUUGUCACAGACUGGCAAGAUGGCAGUCUGCAAGCAGUGCUAAAUGUUGACGUUCCGGGCCUGCCCUGGAUCACGUUCAGCGAUGAGUGGGCUGUCUUGGGCCCUUUCCAAAUUGGCACACGAGAAGCACCCUGGGGAGCAGAUCCUCUCGAAUACUACGGAGGAUUCCCAACACUGCGUGCCGACAACGAGGCAACAUUCAAAAGCUCUCUGACUCCGAAUGGAACGCUCACGUGGUCCUUCGCAAAAGCGCAUUGCGCACCCGCUACCAACGGCGGUUGCAAGCUCUCGCUUCGUGUCGAAUUUCCCAACGUAGACUGGGUCUUCCUUCAGGCCGUCUACGGAUGGUCCGCCCUUCAAUGGCAGGGUUGGGCGCAAGGCGAAUUCUACAUCCAUGCCGACACUCCAGUCUCCGUCGUCUUGUACACAGACCAUGUUCUUGAGUAUGCACUCGACGGCGAGCGCCAUUUCGGCGGUGACUUCUACUCGUUUCGCAAAUCACCCCCUGUCUUUCGAAUCGCUCCUGGGAAGCAUGUUCUUGACGUGAGGCUCGUACGUGAUGUGCGGUCUAUGGGUGGAGUGGGAAACCCUUACAUGGACGUUGGUAUCGAGAUUGCGCCUACGGCGGAAGUUGCUGAGGCGGUGGAAGGAACCGCUCUUCUGUCUGAUAUUGUAGAUGGCGUGUUACCCAGUCCGUACGCAAGCGUUGAUAUCCGGAAUAAUGGUCAUGAAUGGAUCCAGGUGCUUGAUGUAGCUGUCGUUCAGCCUAUUUCGGAAGUGUUUACUGCUUCACUAUAUGAGAAUAAAAUCAGGAGGGUUGCUCCUGGACAAACUCGUCCAGUCGUCUUUCUUCUUCAACUCACGAGUGGAAAUGGACCAGUUCAGAACGAGAUUGAGCUUGCCGUCAAGUACCAGCUUGCGUGCGAACCAGGCAAGACCAGAAGCAUGAACGUUUCCUUUCCGUUAAGACACAAGAACCAGAGGCAUGCGCACAAGUUAACUCAUCUUCACCCUGCCGGCAUCAUCAGCUACUCCAUUCUGCGCCCCCCGUCUGAGAACGCUUCCUGUCACGGCCGCACAAGCUCUUUCAAGGCCCCAGUUAUGCUGCAGUUGCAUGGCGCCGGUGUCGAGGCGGACAGCGACAUGAUCUAUGAUGUUUUUGAUCUGCUUCCGAGCCUUUGCGCAUGGAUCCUUUUUCCUUCUGGCGUCACGCCAUGGUCAGGCGAUGAUUGGCACAUUUGGGGAUUUACUGACGUCCUAGCCUCCAUCGACGGGAUAACAAAUUGGAUCGAAGCCACCGGCUGGGGUGGCGUCCGCGUCAACACUGAUCAGUGGUUCGUUGGCGGCCAUUCAAAUGGUGGCCAGGGAGCAUGGUAUGCGCUUUUGCACUAUCCAGACAACGUCUUUGCUGCCUCUCCUCUUUCCGGAUAUCUCUCCAUCAACGAGUACGUUCCUUACAAAUUCUGGAGACCAUCAGAACCAAAAAAACGUGCUGUGCUCGAGGCGGCGUUGAACAGCUACCGCGCUGAGUACCUUGUUCCAAACGCAAAGGGUAUCCCGAUCCAGCAGCAACACGGCGGCGCGGAUGACAACGUACCUCCAUAUCAUUCCCGCCUCAUGAGUGAACUAAUAGUAGAAGCUGACUGGAAUAGCGGCUACCUUGAGGUGCCAGGCAAGCCGCACUGGUGGGAUGAGGUGGUAACCUCGGAUGCUCUUACGAAGUUUUACAAGGAGCAAAUAGACAGGGUACAGGAGGAUCGCAAGAUCCCUUCGACGUUUGAGCUCGUGGUCGCGAAUCCGGCAGAUACAGGGAGUAAAUUCGGAGUGAAGGUGCUUUACCUUGUCGUGUCAGGAGAGCUUGGAAGAGUCGUUGCGACUCUGGAUGAGAGCAAGCAGCAGUGGAGAUUUGAGACACAAAAUGUUCUUGCUUUCCGACUGAAGAGAAAGAUGGCGCAACGCCGUGUGGUGAUUGACAGCGAGGUCAUGGAUUUCGCCUCGGAUGGUGGUCUCGAGACCACAGAUGCGGUUGAGGUAUGGAAAGAUGCGCGCGGUGAGUGGACAACAAAGAAGCCUCAAGACAAGAUGGUGCCGAAGGUUCCCUUGGGUGGACUUGAGGCCAUUCUGCGAUCUGAAGGACCAUUCACUGUCGCGUAUCACGGCGACAGCUUUGCCACCGCUCUUGAGGUGGCUCGUAAUCUACACCAAUACUUCUUUGCUGACGCCGAGGUUCUGGAGGGAACAGAAUUGGAGCUUGUGCCUGCGAAGGUCGGGAAUCAGAUAACGAUCGGAAUCGGCGAUGACAUGCCUCCUGGUUUCUUUUCGAGCGAAAAGUCAUUGGCAGGCCACGCCGAUGCAUUGAGUGACGGCAGACGGAUGUUGCAGGUCUUGCUAGGUCGCCACAUAUCCGGACAACUUUCUUCAUGGGUCUCAGCUCAAAGUGAAGUGGGAGCUAUCUUUGUGCGGCCGCUCGACUCCCGGCUGGAACUGGUCGUCUGGGGCUCGAACGCGGCCAUGCUGAGGCGAGUCGCGCGUCUGAUGCCCACCAUCUCUGGCGUUGGACAACCUGACUGGAUCAUGUGCGGGACAAGCGCCGCAUGGAAGGGCCUGGACGGGUGUGAACUGGGGUUUUUUGAUGCCAGACGGAGCGAGGAGGGAUGA